CAUUCACUCAGUUCAGACGACAUUUUAGAGUCAUGAGAGCAGAAGGAGGAAAACAUCAAGUGUGAAUCAGGUGUUACUGCUUUACCUCUCAGACUCCAGAAGAUGAAGGAAGAGGAGGACGGAGCAGAGUCUCUAAUAUCCAGCUGUCUGUCUAUGAAGAGUGACCGGUCUAAAGAUCAUAAUCCAGACUUCAGUAAUGAACCUGGACCCUCAGACACAAAAGAGACGAAGAGGAGGAGGAGGAGGAAGAGGAGGGCUGUUUCUGUGGAGGAGCAGCUGUCCUGCUGUUCUUUGUGUCAGGACGUCCUGAAGGAUCCAGUCUCUACCAGCUGUGGACACUGGUUCUGCAGACAGUGCAUCACCUCAUACUGGGACCAGUCUGCUUCAUCAGGAGACUCCUCCUGUCCCCAGUGUGGAAAAAGAUCCAGAACCAGACCUGGACUGCAGACAGACAGUCAGACCAGCACUGUACAAAUAGAAAGUGGUCAGCAGGAGGUUUUAGAUAAACAUCAGAUCAGUCUGAGCAGCAGAUGUGAACGUGUGACUGAUGAGGCAGGAAAUGAAAUCCUCCUCAUCAGCAUCUUCACUGAGGUCCACAUCAUAGAGGGACUGAGUGAAGAGGUUAAUACCCAACAUGAAGUGAGGCAGCUUGAAUUAGUUUUCAAGAUGAAGACCUUCCAUGACGCUCCCAUCAAGUGUCAGGACAUCUUUAAAGUCUUACCUGACCAACAGAAACACAUCAGAGUCGUUCUGAUGAACGGAGUCGCUGGUGUUGGAAAAACCUUCUCAGUGCAGAAGUUCACUCUGGACUGGGCACAGAGCUCCAAAAACCAAGAUAUCCGUCUGCUGAUUCUGUUCUCGUUCAGGUCGCUGAACUUGAUCAAAGAUGAGCAGUACAGUCUGCUCAUGCUGAUCCAAGUUUUCUAUCCAACAUUACAGAAGCUCACAGCAGAGACGCUCGCUGUCUGUAAAGUUUUGUUCAUCUUUGACGGCCUGGAUGAAAGCAGACUUUCACUGGAUUUCAACAACAGUGAGGUCGUGUCUGAUGUCACACAGAAGUCAUCAGUCAGCGCGCUGUUGACAAACCUCAUCAAGGGGAAGCUGCUUCCCUCGGCUCUCAUCUGGAUAACUUCCCGACCUGCAGCAGCCAAUCAGAUCCCUCCUUCAUGUGUUAGCAGGGUAACAGAAGUACGAGGCUUCACUGACGCCCAGAAGGAGGACUACUUCAGGAGGAGAUUCAGUGAUAAAGAGCAGUCCAGCAGAAUCAUCUCACACAUCAAGACUUCCAGGAGCCUCCACAUCAUGUGUCACAUCCCAGUCUUCUGCUGGAUCACUGCUACAGUUCUGGACCACAUGGUGACUACAGACCAGAGAGGAGAGCUGCCCAAGACUCUGACUGACAUGUACUCAAACUUCCUGCUGGUCCAGACAAAGAGGAAGAAGAACAAGUAUGAUGAGGGACAUGAGACGAGUCCACAUGAGCUGACUAAGGCUGACAGGGAACUUCUUCUGAAGCUGGGGAGGCUGGCGUUUGAACAACUUGAGAAAGGAAACAUCCUGUUCUACCAAGAAGACCUGGAGCAGUGUGGUCUUGAUGUCACAGAGGCCUCGGUGUUAUCGGGAUUUUGUACAGAGAUCCUCAAAAGAGAGAGUGUGAUCUUCCAGAAAUCAGUCUACAGCUUUGUUCAUCUGAGUGUUCAGGAGUUUCUGGCUGCAGUGUACGUGUACCACGGUUACACCAGCAGCAACACAGAGGUACUGAAGAACUUCCUGGGAGAAGACUCCAAAGACAGAGAAUCAGAACAAAAUACGUUCCUCGCGAUGAUAUUUUCUUAUUUCAGAAACAUUGAUAGUGAUGUCUUCCUGAAGGGAGCCAUGGAGAAAUCUCUCAGAAGUAAAAAUGGCCACCUGGACCUGUUCGUUCGCUUCCUUCAUGGCCUCUCUCUGGAGUCCAACCAGAGUCUCUUAGGAAGCCUGCUGGGUCAGACAGACAACAGUCCAGAAACCAUCCAGCGAGUCAUCAACAACCUGAAGAAGAUGAACAGUGAGGAUUUCUCUCCUGACAGAAGCAUCAACAUCUUCCACUGUCUGAUGGAGAUGAAGGACCACUCAGUACAUCAGGAGAUCCAAGAGUUCCUGAAGUCAGAGAACAGAUCAGAGAAGCUCUCUGAGAUCCACUGCUCAGCUCUGGCCUACAUGCUGCAGAUGUCAGAGGAGGUUCUGGAUGAGUUGAACCUGAAGAAGUACAACACAUCAGAGGAGGGACGACGGAGACUGAUCCCAGCUGUGAGGAACUGCAGAAAGGCUCAACUUUCUGACUGUGGACUCUCAGAGUCUCACUGUGAAGUUGUGGCCUCAGCUCUGAAGUCCAACCCUCAUCUGACAUUUCUGGACCUGAGUAACAACAAACUGUCUGAUUCAGGAGUGAAGCUUCUCUCUGCUGGACUGGAGAGUCCAAACUGUAAACUGAAAACUCUGAGGUUGGAGGACUGCAGUUUGUCAGAGAUCAGCUGUGCUUCUCUGGUCUCAGCUGUGAAGGACAACCCCUCCCAUCUGAGGGAGCUGGAUCUGAGAGGAAACAAGCUGCAGGAUACAGUAGUGAAGCUUCUGUGUGACUUUCUGAAGAGUCCAGACUGUAAACUAGAGGAUCUGGGGUUGGAGGACUGCAGUUUGUCAGAGAUCAGCUGUGCUUCUUUGGUCUCAGCUGUGAAGGACAACCCCUCCCAUCUGAGGGAGCUGGAUCUGAGAGGAAACAAGCUGCAGGAUUCAGUAAUGAAGCUUCUGUGUGACUUUCUGAAGAGUCCAGACUGUAAACUAGAGGAUCUGGGGUUGAGGGACUGCAGUUUGUCAGAGAUCAGCUGUGUUUCUCUGGCCUCAGCUCUCAAGGACAACCCUUCCCAUCUGAGAGAGCUGAAUCUGAAUGGAAACAAGCUGCAGGAUUCAGUAAUGAAGCUUCUGUGUGAUUUCCUGAAGAGUCCAGACUGCAGACUGGAGAUUCUGGGGUUGCAGGACUGCAGUUUGUCAGAGAUCAGCUGUGCUUCUGUGGUCUCAGCUCUGAAGUCAAACCCCUCCCAUCUGAGAAAGCUGGGACUGAGUGAAAACAAACUGCAGGAUUCAGGGAUGAAACUACUGUGUGACUUUAUUGAGAGUCCAGAUUGCAGACUGGAGGAUCUGAGAUUGAAUGAAUGCAGUUUGUCAGAGAUCAGCUGUGCUCCUCUGGUCUCAGCUCUGAAGUCCAAUCCCUCCCAUCUGAGACAGCUGAAUCUGGGAGGAAACAAGCUGCAGGAUUCAGGGAUGAAACUACUGUGUGACUUUCUUGAGAGUUCAGACUGCAGACUGGAGGAUCUGAGGUUGCAGAACUGCAGUUUGUCAAAGAUCAGCUGUGCUUCUCUGGUCUCAGCUCUGAAGGACAACCCCUCCCAUCUGAGAGAGCUGCAGUUGGGUAAAAACAACCUGAAGGAUUCAGACAUGAAGCAGCUGUCUGAUCUUCAGAAGAGUCCAGACUGCAGACUGGAGACUCUGAGUUUGCAGAACUGCAGUUUGUCAGAGAUCAGCUGUGCUUCUCUGGCCUCAGCUGUGAAGGAUAACCCCUCCCAUCUGAGAAAGCUGUAUCUGGGAGGAAACAAGCUGCAGGAUUCAGGGAUGAAACUACUGUGUGACUUUCUUGAGAGUCCAGACUGCAGACUGGAGGCUCUGAGGUUGGAGGACUGCAGUUUGUCAGAAAUCAGCUGUGUUUCUCUGGUCUCAGCUGUGAAGUGCAACCCCUCCCAUCUGAGACGGCUGGUUCUGAAAGGAAACAAGCUGCAGGAUUCAGGAGUGAAGCUACUGUGUGAUUUUCUGAAGAGUUCAGACUGCAGACUGGAGACUCUGGGGUUGAGGGACUGCAGUUUGUCAGAGAUCAGCUGUGCUUCUCUGGCCUCAGCUGUGAAGGACAACCCCUCCCAUCUGAGAGUGCUGAAUCUGUCUAAAAACAAGCUGCAGGAUUCAGGAGUGAAGCUUCUGGGUGAUUUUUUGAAGAGUCCAGACUGCAGACUCAACUCUCUGUGGUUGCAGGACUGCAGUUUGUCAGAGAUCAGCUGUGCUUCUCUGGCCUCAGCUCUGAAGCACAACCCCUCCCAUCUGAUAGUGCUGGAUCUGAGUGAAAAUAAGCUGCAGGACUCAGGACCGAAGCUGCUGAGUGAUUCUCUCAAGAGUCCAGACUGCAGACUGGCGUAUCUGGGAAUGAGGGAAUGCAGUUUGUCAGAGAUCAGCUGUGCUUCUCUGGCCUCAGCUCUGAAGUGCAACCCCUCCCAUCUGAGAGAGCUGGAUCUGAAUGAAAACAAGCUGCAGGAUUCAGGAGUGGAUCUACUGUGUGACUUUCUGAAGAGUCCAGACUGCAGACUGGAGACUCUGGGGUUGAAGGGCUGCAGUUUGUCAAAAAUCAGCUGUGCUUCUCUGGUCUCAGCUCUGAAGUCCAACCCCUCCCAUCUGAGAGGGCUGCAUCUGGGCGUCAACAAGCUACAGGAUUCAGACAUGAAGCAGCUGUCUGAUCUUCAGAAGAGUCCAAACUACAGAUUGGAGACUCUGGGCUGGUGGUGAUCUCUGUCAGAGUGAGUGAACAUCCAGGAGUGUUGAGAGAGGAUCAGCUGGAUCCUGAUGAUCCAUCUGGACCGGAGUC